AUGAUGUAUCAAUUCUCAAGACUGGAAAAAACAGUAAUGAUUGAUUGUAAAUUUAAUAGAUGAUUGAGUUAUUCAAAUUUGAGAAUUUACAAAUAAUUAAUAUUUAGUAAGAAAAUUUGAAACAGAUCUUUAAAAACCAGAUUAUUAUUUAUUAUAAUACGUAGUAGUAUAAAGGGAGAAUUCAAUAAAGAAUUAAUGUGUACAAAAUGAAUAGAAUGACCGAAAGCAAUAUCAUUUAAUUUUAACAGCUGUAAUGAUAAAAUUGAUAAAUGUAGAUCCUCAAAAAGUACAAUAAUUAGCUAUGGAACUUUGAUCACAUAUAAUUCUUAAUUAGACCAUAUUUUAGAAGUGAAAGAAAGAGAAUACAAAUAAAAUAUGGAGCUUCAAAUAUAGGUAAGAUAAAAGAAUCUCUUAGAAGUGGCUAAUGGAAGAAAGAAUAAUUAGAAUUUGAGGAAGAAAUUUAUAAUGUAGACAAAGAGUUUAAUAAAAUUAACAUUAACAUGUUAGAGUGAAUAAAAUGUAGAUGAAAUAUUUACUUAUUUGAUGACUAAUAAAUCUAAAUUGCAAAUUGAAUCUGCAAUGAUGUAAAGUGUUGAUUACUUAGAGGAUUUCAAAAGUAAAUAAAUUCUAAGAAAUGUUAAAUUAUACAAACAAGAUGUCUUAUAAAUAUGAUGAUAUAGAGAGGCACGACAGAGGAUAUAAAAUUCAGGUUUUUCUAAAGGGAGGGGACGAUAAAACUAUGUAUA